GGCUAACACGGACACGCGCUAGUCAGCACGACACUGCUUUUGCCCACCCCACGCGCACAACACAAAAUUAAAAUCCCAGUACUUCAAAAUUUGUAAGAAGUCAAAAGAAGAAAAAAGAACCUGUAAUUGUUCUCGUCCAAUUCCGUCUUCAUUUCAAUUUAUAUUAUUUCCGGCGAAAUCAGAAAUAAAUACUGCAUCAUGUGGUUGGAGAUCAUCUGCGGACUCAUCGUUUACCGGUUGUUCCGGCGCUUCUUCUACGAUGACGAUGUUUUAGAGGUCGAAACCUCUGAUUCUAAUGCUAUUUUCUCCGUCGCCAAUAGACUUGAAAAGCUUUAUAGCGGAAAAGUGUAUGUGGGGCUUCACAUUCCGGAUGCUGACACUGGUUCUCGACUGAAUAUCGAUAUGGUUCUUGUCACUAAAGGAGAGGCAGCAAUUAUUUCUGUCAAGAAUUUAGCAGGGUUUGUUUCUAUAAGUGAGGAUGGUAGCUGGACUUGUGAAGGUGUCAGUAGCCGCAGGGCAGAGCGUCAUCCUAAUCCUGUUGCAGAGGCUAAAAAACAAGCUUCAGUCCUAGAGUCAUAUCUUGAACAAAGGGGUGUUGCGUUACCAGAAGGAUACUUUUCUUACAAAGUUGUAAUUCCCAAUCCAAAAUUCCGUACCAUUUAUAACGCUUUUCCAUCUGAGGUUAUUACUUAUGAUCAGUGGGUGCAAUUAAAACCAGAACCAAAAAGUAUGUUUUCUGGAUGGAUUAAGGGUGCCUUUCGUGGUGGGAAGAAGGAGAUGCAGGAAUCUUUCCAUCAGCAACUUAACUUUAUCCUCAGCACAGCACCCAUGUGGGACAGGCUGGAGCUUAAAGGUAACAAAUAUGUUCUUGGUGAAUUUCUGGAAUUUAAAGGGAAGCAAGAGGAUACCCUGGCUUUGAGAAAUAUCAAGAGAUCAAAAGUUAGUCGCCUUAUCAUCCAAAAGACUAGCAUGCUUGGAUUAGCCCAUUCGAAGCUCCAGGUUUUGUAUUCUCCUCGAGAUUAUCGAAGUGAAGGAGCUUCAGCUUCUGAGUGGAAGGAAGUAACUGUAAGAUCAAGUACUGAGGUCAUAUUCCAGCCUCAAAAUUCUACCAAAGUCCGCAAGUUCAAGCUUUCUUCUAUCACAUCUAUGUCGCUAAGUGCCUAAGGAUGUAUCUGUCAUGAAGAUUAUAUAUGUCAUCUUCGUUUAGUAAUGAAUCAGAUUGUUGACGAAACCAGUUCUAUAAAUGCAUCAAAUUUAUGUUCAUGUAGUUUA